GCGGGCAGAUCCACUACCUCAGCAGGAUGGAGCGUACGUCAGUGCUCGCCGCCCGACCCGACGCGUCCACACACCAGGCCAAGUAUAGUCCUGGAACGCUGGGCUCCGCGUUCACGCCCCUCUCGCGAGUGCCUCCCGCAUUCCCGCUGUUCCAGUCCCUCCCGUUCCUACCACAAGUGCCUCCUAACGGUGCCAAGCAACAGCCGCCGCCCUACGGCCUGGAAUCCCGGCUGGCGGGGCUGCUGCAGACUUAUGGUGCAGUGCCGAUAGGCCAGCUGCCGUGGGCGGCGCUGGGCGCGGGCGAGCUGGCCCUGAACCGGCUGCUGCUGACUCCCGGGGGCCGCCUCAGCAGACCCAAGAAGCGGUACAUCUGCAAGUACUGCCAGCGGGAGUUCACCAAGAGCUACAACCUGCUGAUCCACGAGCGGACCCACACGGACGAGCGGCCCUUCCCCUGCGACAUCUGCGGCAAGGCCUUCAGGAGGCAGGACCACCUCCGCGACCACAAGUACAUCCACAGCAAGGAGAAGCCCUUCAAGUGCGAGGCGUGCGGCAAGGGAUUCUGCCAGGCGCGCACCCUCGCCGUGCACAAGGCGCAGCACGCCCACGACGUUCCCCCCACGCCCGCUGCCCCACACACGCCGCCCUCCGUGCCCGCCGCCGCCGACGCCGCACGCCUGGAGGCCGACGAGGUGGUGGAUGUGCUGCACUGCGACGACGACGAGGACGACCACGUGAUGCAGACGCUGACGGAGGAGGACGAGGAGCUGCAGCCCGCGGCCCCAGCCCCCAAGAGGCUCGGCUUCUCCAUCGCCGACAUCAUGAGCAGAUAGAGGAGCGAGGGGCGCCGCGCCUGCCCCCUGAGAGGCGCGGCUUCUGUACCGUGAGGGGCGCCACACUCGCCCGUCACUCGGGCACGCCAAGCUUUAAUUACUUGUAUAAUUUGCUGCAUAUUGCGGCCACUUGUUAUGUACUAUUUUAUACUCUAUGUUAAUGAAUAUGUCUAAAGCA